AUGUCGUACAAACAAUACUUUGAUGGUUUACCUUUAAAAUUAAAGUCAUUUUUCCAAAGAUAUCCGCCUUCAAUCAAAUAUUCUUCGGUAUCCACAUCAACAAAGGCCGUUGAUGCCAACCCCUUCUUGCCAAAUAAACAUCCAGUCACACAACGGUUACAUGAUCCUAAAUACUCAUUAAGAAGAAUGAGCGAUGUAUAUAAGCUGGCAUUGCGUUAUGGAGUGCAAGACUUUUUACCACCUAUCGAUAAUACUAAGAAACUUUUCUUCGAAGACAAAUACGAUAAGAAAACUUUAAUGAAGGGUGUUCUCUUACCUAAAGGUCAUAAACAUGAACUCAAAUUGAAUGAGAAGUUGAUGAAGCGUGAAGAGGCUUUGAAGAAUGUGGACAAUCUGAUUGCAUCCAAGAAGGGUUCGAAAUACGCAAAGAAAUUAGAAAAAAUGAAAACAACCCAAAGUAUAGGCUGGUUCUAA